UUUUUGUUUGUUUGUUUUAACACAGCGUGAUUUAUUUAUUUAUUUAUUUGCUCACAGGAGGAUUAUUGGCUCUGCAGAAAGCACAUGUAAACACAAACAAGCUCUGGCACAGAGAGCUGUUUUCCCAUAUAGGUUUUCUCAGACUCAUAAUACACUUGUGCUGAGGCAACAGCGUAAACAGAUAUUUUCUACAUAUUUUUCAAGUUAUUUAUACUAGAUAAAAUCGAAUAUUACACCUUUAAUUCGAUUAGUUUAACUCUGCUAGAAUUUAAUAACAAUCUCGUGGCAUCAGGCACGGCCAUGCGUCACAUUCUAACUCACCUGAACAAAUACUUCCUUCAGCCAACCGAGAGCUGAGCAACUGUUUCUUACAAAGGUGACAGAAUAAACACAUAACCUGUAUCUCUUCUUAUCAACUAAAUUAGAAUUAAUACCACAGCAAAAAUGAGGAAGGGUAACAUGCUGCCUUCCAAUCUGGAUUAACACAGAAGACUUUCGUUUUAAUCCUUUAGAGGCUGUUUAAACCCUGCAAUGUCGCGAUCCACCUGUCGUAAAAAAGUUUCGUCACACUUUGUCGGUGCAGUACGACAGCCGCCUCCAGUCUAAAAUCCCAUUCUCCUCGGAGUUUUAACCCGAACUGCUGGUCUGUCCAGUUCCUACCUCAGAUUGAAUUUUACCCAAAUAUAGGCAGACUCGUUGAGCACAGGACUGUUUUUGUGUUGUGAAGCUGGAUUACGGAUAACUGCGCAUAAAAUUUCGAAUGUCAGAUGCCGUGUGUGAGAAGGGCGGACGAAUAGUAGGAAUUACACACCGCCAAGCCAUGAAAAACCUUUCCGUCUUGAUCACCUUAUGUUUCACCAUAGUUGUUUGCUGUUUAGGUUUGACUGUGGGUCGAAAGGUGUCACUACCAGCAGGCCCUCUGAUCCGAGUGGAGGGUGAGACCCUGUCUUUACGUUGUGAAGUAUCGGAUUAUCAGGGCCCCAAGGAGCAGGAGUUUGAAUGGAAAGCAACAAAAGGGUCAGAAACCAUUCAGGUUGUCUCCACUUUCGACUCUUCAUUUCCAGACCAGUCUUUAAAGGCCCGGGUGUUUACUGAGGACAUCAUUGUGGAAAGAAUCAAUGAAAGCACCGUGGAGCUGAGGAUUAAAGAAGCCAGGGUGACUGACAGUGGCAUUUUCACUUGCAGUACCCCUAGCACUGAUUCUGUUAUCAGUGGAAACUAUGAGGCAGAUGUGCUGCUGAGAGUAAUUCGUAAUACACUGGUUGUGGUUCCUGAAGUUCCAGCCCCUUCUGUCCACGAGGGCAGAUUAAUCAAUCUUCACUGCAACAUCACUCAAGACUUCAUUGAAGGAAUUUACCUAUCAGUUACAUGGUCUGUUAAAAAAGAUCAGUCACCAGAGCAGGAUCUCCUUACUUUUGGACCUGAUUCAGGUGUCACUGUUGGAAAUAAUUUUAUCCAACGCUAUGCAGAUGGUGAAAUGCGUCUGCACCUGGGCAAUACUGGUUCCUACAGCCUGGUGCUCUCUGGAGCAGUGCCUGCAGAUCAGGGGAUGUAUCUGUGUACUGCCAGACAGUGGACCAGAGAGCAGGGCACCUGGAACAGGAUACAGGAAAAGGCAGAGGUCAUGGGUGAAGUGGCUGUUAUCCCAACAGCUAAAUCCCUCACUGUACAGGUCCUGGAUAGUACCAUUCUUAACACGGGAGACAAUCUGAAUCUCACUUGCUUGGUUUCUGCAGAUGACCUUGCUGCCUUAGGUCUUGAGGUGACAUGGCUGAAAAAUGACACACAGAUUCUUACCCACCUUAGUCGAGAUGGAGUGGUGGCAAAAACUUCAGAUAUAUUUAGCAUUAACCAGGUUGGAGAGGGUGAUUUCAGACUGGAGCUUCACAGCGUUGAGCUAUCUGAUAAGGGACUUUACUCAUGCAGGGUGAGGGCAUGGAUACAACAGAGCUGGGGAAAAUGGUACCAGGCUGCAGAGAAGACAUCAGCCCCUGUACAAGUCAUGAUCAUCUCAAAAGAUCCAGCAUUUACUGUGACUCUUAAAUCUCCAGUCAUAGCCCAGUACUUAGGUGAUCCCACAGAGCUUUUGUGUCAAGUGUCCAACAUUUCCCACUUCUGGGGUAAACGAUUGAGUGUCUGUUGGUUCUAUUCGGCUGCCUCCUUCGGUGGCGGUCAGGUUGGCACUGAUGUUAUUGCCUCACUGAAUGAAAAUGGGGCUGUCAUUCCCAGUGAUAAAUAUAGGGACCGCAUUGACUCAGGUGUCAUCCUGGUAACCCGAAUUGAACCAGCUACCUUCAAGCUCCGCCUGCUCCACACCACAAAUGCAGAUGUAGGGGAAUAUGUUUGCAGUGUCACAACAUGGACACUCACUCGCCAUGGCAUCUGGAAAAAUACAUCAGAACAUCAAGCUAAUGUACUAAAAGUCAGCUUGGCCUCCAAGGGCCCUGGCAUCAGUGUGAUCGCCCGCCACAAACGACAAGCAACUUUCAGUGGCUCCACUUUUGAAAUGACCUGCAUGGCUAAACUUAAGAACCUCUGGGAAGGUGUGGCCCUCUCUGUCCUCAUAUUGGUCCAGUAUGGUGUAGGUGCACCCAGUCACAAACUUGCUUCGCUCAGCCCUGACCUGGUUCUCAAGUUAGAGGACUGGCAUGAGUCUAGCCGGCAGGAUAGCCUGAGUCUAGUGAAGACUGGCAACACGGAGUUCUUAUUCAGAAUCCAGAAUGUGCAGAUGAUGGAUAGAGGAUUCUAUUCUUGUGAAGUUGCAGCAUGGACUAAGCCAGAUGGGCAUAACUGGGUGGAGAUAACGAAAGGAGAGUCAAAUAAAAUUCAGAUUAACUUCGAGCACACAAGGCCAUCAUUUGAUCUUUCCAUAACUUCAGACACCACCAGUGUUUACCCCUGGGAAACGGUUAAGAUAGAUUGCAUUAUCAGUGUUUCGGGAGCUUCCAACACAGACAAUGUUGCAUAUGAAAUAAGAUGGUACCAGAGUCAUUUACGGGGAUCAGAUAGCUUCGUUCUUCUGGCCAGUAUAGAUCGUUGGGGUGUGGUGAGGAAAAGCACUCGUAAUGACACCAGUGACUGCAGUCUGGAGCGUCUCAGAACCCAAACAUUUGUCCUUACCGUUCAUGGCACCCAAGAUAGUGAUGCUGGCGAGUAUUACUGCACUGCCACACCAUGGAUUCGAUCAACCACAACAGCAGAUUGGAGGAAAGAACCAGAGGUCAUAUCCAAGAGGGUCUUUCUUAAUGUCAAGUUUGCAUUGUGGGAUUCAAUGAAAUUACCUUUGCUUUAUGGGGCAUGUACAUCCCUUACCGUGGGUCUCUUUUCUCUCAUUCUGGGCCUUCUGUGUUCUCUCUGCUGCUGCAGAAACACCACACACACUCCACACACUCGCAUCAAGCUCAUCAACCCACAGAUUGAUUGACAUGCACAAUCUGCAUGAAGCAGACGCUUGCCUGCCUCUUCACCAAAGCAGUAACAUGACUAAAUAAAGUUUCAGAGAUAACAUUCUCUCUUAUUCACAAGUGGCCCAUAUUUACAAGAGACAAUGGUACCAGUGAAGAUACCCAAGCAGAAAAUGCACCUAUGGCAUUUGUUUGAUUUUGAUGGUGAUUUUUCUGCAAAAAUAAUAGUAACAUUGGAUUUUUAGAUUAAUUCUUUUAAAUCAUAUCAGACAUUUACAUAGAAGGUAUUUUAGGAAUGACUACUGAAAUACCAAUCCUGACAGCCAGUAUAAAUUUUAAUAUACUGAAAACCUUUCUAUAUUGAAAGAAUUUAGUGCCAGUGGACUUAUCUGAGUACUAAGAAGAACUAACCUGUCCAAACUAUUUUCACCAAUGAACUUGUUUGACACACGUACGUUUAUGAUGUGUGGUUUUAAAUGUUGGUAUUAUUUUUGUUUUUAGAUCAAAAUAGUUAUAAGAUUUAUUAGUCUUUUUUUUUUUUUUUUUUUUAAAUAAGAUUAUAUUGUGUAUCUUCUGGAAAUUAGUUUUUUACUCUGAAUGUUGAGUUGAGUGAAUUUUUUCUGUUUACACAGAUUCUCUAGUAGUAUAAUGUAGUGAUAUUAAAUGUGAGGCAGUCGGGGAAAACAGUGAAUUCUGAAUUUUGGAAAAAGAAAAAAAAAAAAAGACAAAAAUAUCAGGUUUUGACCAGAACAGCUAUUAUUUCCCCACAAACGCAAGUGCUUACAGAGAUCAGUCAGUGGAAGAGACAAUUUUUUUUAAAGUGUAAAAGAAAAUAAUGAACAGCAGGAUGGUGUUUUACUUCAAAGUGCUGACACUGACCAAAGUUUUCAUUAGUAAAUAAAUGUUAAAUAAACGACUGCUUACAGAAA